UAUCAUCUGAUUAAUAUUAUUAAGAUUCGGUCAAAAUAUGAAAGUUAAAUAUUUAUGCACCUGCGGUAUCUAUUUGCCUUUAGUAAAUUUAUAUUUUUGUCGACACUGUGCUAAAAUAAGAUGCCGAAAUUGUGUGAAAUAUGAGAUUGAUUCAUAUUAUUGUCCCCAUUGUUUAGAAAAUGUGCCAUCUACAGAAGCUAAGAUUAAAAAUAAUAUGUGCUCAAAUUGUUACCAAUGCCCAUUAUGCUUUAGUAUUUUAGUUACUAAAGGAUCAGUCAAACCCUUGUCUUCUGAUUUAUCAAAUCAAAUAUCAACUGAAAAUUUACAUAAAUUUUAUUAUUUACACUGUGAAGCAUGUUAUUGGAGUAACAAAAAUCAGCAAAUUAGUAAAAUAAUGACUAGUGAUGCUUCUUCCUUAUCAAAUGAUUCUGAAAACUUUAAUGAACUUAUUGCUAAAAAAACUGAAGAACUUAUCAAUUAUUAUCAAACUAUGAAUUUAAAAAAUAAUAUUUAUUAUGAAAAUAAUUUCAAAAGAUCAAGAUUUUAUAUGUCUGAUUUUUUGAAAGGCACAGUAAGCACAGUACCUAAUAGAGAAAUUGAUAUUUCAAAGGCAUGUGAUAUAUUUGAACCAGAAUAUGGCACUCUAAUAAAUAAUAAAUUUCCUGAUAAUGUAUCAUCAUUAAAUGCAUUAUCUAGUUUAGAACAAAGAUAUAAAAAUAUUACAACACAGCCUACAACAAUUGAUAAAUUAUCUCCUUCAAGAAUUCAUUUUCAAACCAAACUUACAAUAAGAUGCAAUGAAUGCCAACAUUUUAUUAUCAAGCCAGAACUUAAGCCUGGCACUAUUCAAUUUAAAGUUGAUCAAAUGGCCAUCUAUUACCUUCCUGAAUUGACAAUUCUCAAAGCUCCUCACAAAUUGCAUCAAGAUGAAGGAGAAAUAUAUACCACAAACCCUGAAAAUUUAAUAAUAAUGAUUAAAAAUUCUUCUCUCUAUAAAAGAGAGAUUUGCUUGUCAAAUAUUGAUGAUACUAAAAAUGUAACCAUUCUUGAUAAAGUUAAGAAAGUUAUUAAGAGAUAUGGCAUGGAAGGUGGUUUAGAAGAAAGAUUAUUUUCUUCCAAUUAUUUUAAUAAAUUUUUUCAAUCUAAUAUGAAGCUUAUAAUCCCCUAUGAUAUGCAACCAUUUGUUGUUGAUAAAUUGACACUUGAUAUUGAGGAAGCUUGUCAACGCAUUCAAAAAAUAAAUUUAGAGCUUUACUUCCAAAUACAAAAUAAAACCCUUCCAAACAAGAUAGUAUUAUAUAAAGAAUUGAAUAAAAUUAUGUUACAAUUGAAAAUAUCAAAUAUAGAUUUAGACAACCAAAUAUUAUUGAUGGAUAAUGAAGGUGGCAAAAUUAAAAAUGUAUGCUGCCAUUUAAUACUGAGUCAUAAUUAUUCCAAUCCAACCUUACUUUCUACCACCAAUGUAGAUGAAAUAGCCAAAGUGAAUAGAGAUUUAGAUCAUAAAGAAAUAACAUUGCAUCACAUUGUGAAAAUCGAAUUUUAAUUUUAAAAUAUGCAUAAAUGUCUGAUAUUAUAACACAGCUUGUAAUAAUUUAUAAUAUUUUAAUAAUCAUUAGGCAAAUCAUUCUUCUUCUUAAAAAUUGAUAAGGUGUUAAAAUUAUUUUGAUAACUUAUCAUAUCCCUGCCGCCAAUUUAUCUGACCAAACUCGUGAUGGUCGGAUUCAGGCUAACAUUUUCUCUCAGUUAGAUUUAAACCUUAAUUUUAAAAUUGGUUUGAUCAAAUUAGAUUCAGAUCUCAAAAAAAAUUAUUUUGAAUUUAUGAUAUUUCAAAUUUCCAUGUAAUGACAUGCUUUUUUAACUGUCCAAUAUAAAAUAAAUCGGAUCGAUCUAUUUUUAAAUUAACGGGUUGGAUCUGACUUGGAUAUUUGAAAUUCAUAUUGGAUCGGAUAAGUCAGACAAAAA